GCACACCGGAGGACGAGCUGGUUGUUCUGCAGCUCUCUGUCUACCUUUAUUUAUAUCCAUGCACCACGUCGCGUCUGAUAGCGACUCGGUAGUUUAGCUGCAGCGUCUUUAGUCCACCAGGUGUCGGGACCUGAAGCGAGCGAUGUCGGAGACGGACUGGGAGGCAACAACAACAACAACAACAACAGGGCGCGCUGCUGCUGUCCCGUUAGCAUCGCAGCGACCUGCGGUCCAUGUUGUUUAACCCGAGCUCACCCGUCCACGCCUCCUGUCUAGUCCAGUCCGGUCCAGACUCGUCCCGUGGCCGUCACCGUGAUGGCCGAGGAGGACCCCCAGCAGCAGCAGCAGCAGCAGCAGCAGGCGGACCGCGGGGCGAGCAGCCUGCAGCCCGGUGUCGGCCUGCUCACCGGGCUGCAGGGUGCCGAGGCCAGCGCUCUGCAGCUCCGGAUCAAGAACUCCAUCUGCAAAUCUGUUCAAUCAAAAGUGGAAAACAUCCUGCAAGAUGUGGAGAAGUUCUCAGACAUUGAAAAACUCUACCUCUACCUGAAGUUGCCUUCUGGUCCAAACAACAGCAUUGAUAAAAGUGACCAGAGCGCCCUGUCAUCAAGCCGCACACAGCAGAUGCACGCGUUCAACUGGAUCCGCCAUCACUUAGAGGAAUACCCAGAGACGUCUCUGCCCAAACAGGAGGUCUAUGACGAAUACAAGAGCUUCUGUGACAAUCUGAACUACCACCCUCUGAGUGCCGCAGACUUUGGAAAAAUGAUGAAGAAUGUCUUCCCGAACAUGAAGGCGCGUCGACUUGGCAUGAGAGGAAAAUCAAAAUAUUGCUAUAGUGGACUGAGGAAGAGGCCCUUUGUUCACAUGCCAUCUUUACCCACUCUGGAUCUCCAUAAAACAGGGGAUGGGUUCCAGUGUGAUGUCUUGGAGUCAGCGGGCCAGCUGAGCAGCAUAAAGGAGGACGUGCGGUUUGCAGCCUGUGAUCUGGUGUGUGAGUGGGCCCAAAAGGUGUUGAAACGCCAGUUUGAUGUCGUGGAAGACUUGGCUCGCUUCCUCAUCGACAGCCAUUACAUCAGCAACAAGUCUCUGGCAGCGCUCACCAUUAUGACCGGCACAGCAACAGAUGUCAAGCCUCCACAGACGGUCUCAGCGUUCGUCCCCACCGCCGAGGCUCACUCCUUCCAGCCUCAUGCGACGACGCUGUCCUCGCCGUCUGUCGAUGCAAAGCAGCAGCUCCAGAGGAAGAUCCAGAGGAAGCAACAGGAACAGAAGCUGCAAUCUCCUUUACCUGGAGAGGGACAAACCAAGAGGACAGAUGACAGUGUGCCUUGUGCCAGCCCAACGCCUCCGUCACCUCAGACAACCAUCGGCAUCGUGGUCGCUGCGGUCCCGAGCCCCAUCACGGUGCAGAGAAGCAGGCAGCUGAUGUCCCCCAGUCCAAUGGGAACAGUAGAGAGCAAAAUGCUGCCUAUUAACUUCCAAAUGGUGACCCAGCCAGUUCAGGCACUGAGGCAGAGCCCCAAAGCCCCGCAAAAUAUUCUAGCCAGUCCCGCGGGAGAACGCACUGCUCGGCAGCGCUAUGCACAAAUCCUGCCCAAACCUGCGGCCACGACUGCCAUCACUCUGCGCUCGCCCUCCACCAUGAUCAUCAGCCACAGCCCUGUUAAGACUAUGAUGACUACAUGUCAUGUCAGUCCUGUCAGUUUGGUGAAGAUGACAGCCAUAUCGCUCUCACCCAGCAGCAGCAGUACCACUACUACCUUCACAAACGCCACUCUGCGGCCGGCAUCUGCAGGCGUUAGUAGUUCUACAGAAGACAUGGGCUCCAAUCAAAGCAUGAGGAGUACCUCUGCAGUCACCAUUCUGGCCCCGGUGGCCAGGCCCGGGCAGACUGCUAACAGUCACACCAUCGAUGUUGAAAUGGAAGUUGAAGAUAUACAUAAAAACAGCCAAAUGCAAAAUCCUGGCGCUCUAUUUUUCACUCAAGAAGCGAUGGCAAACAGGGCUGGAGGGGCUUUCCAUAGGGCUGCCAGCGUGCCCAUACCUCAGUCUAAAGGCUUCCUGGCUCUGGAGGAUAUAUCCAGCACUAAUAUCAACAUGAAGUCCUCCUCAAGCACUGACACUGUGUCAGCAGUCGAAAGCAGCAAUAACGGCGCUAAUAAUACAAGCACUUUGCACUUAACUCGGAAUACCAGCGCUGUUUCUUUACUCAACACCAGCACGCCACCUUCAUUUGGGGAAAGCAACAGUGUAACAUCAGCAAGGGAAGGUUUCUUGUCCAGGAAACGUUCAGGCCUCAGUCCAGACCUUUCUCCAAUCAAAAGGGUUUUCAUGCCCCAGCAGCCAGUAGAGGGCGGUGUUGGUGUUGGAUAUGGGAUUAGAAACACGGUCAGUAACAUCACCAGGCCAGGAGCUCCGACUAGACCUGAAAGUGCACCAGCUACCAGGGAGGUAGAGACGAAAAUGAACUUUGCCCCAUCCGCUCAAGCCCAUGAGCUCUGCACUUCCUCCUUCAGAGCCAGCGGCUUCUACUCUGUUGCCAAAACACAGAGCUCAAUGCAGAGGAAAAACACCUCUACUGUUAUGGAAACUAGCACCUCGGUCAGUCACGCAUUAAUACAGCAACAGCAGGGCCACACGAUGGUGCACGGCAUACCUAAUAACCCCUGCCUCCGAACACACUCGGGUGCGAGUGAUGGAGCUCAACAACAUACCUACACUCAGCACAACCCUGCUACUGAACCCUUAAACUUCCUGAAUCAAGCCUCAUCGUCGAGCCAGCUCCCUAUGCAGACGGAUAUGGACUACUUUCCCUUCGAUGACGAUGUGACUCAGGACAGCAUUGUGGAGGAGCUGGUGCAGAUGGAGGAGCAGAUGAAACUUAACGAGCUGCAGGAGUUUGGAAACUGUGUCGCGCUGCAAGGCCAACAGGCUGUGAUGCCGGACAACGUAAUGCCCACCAAUCAGACCAUGACUUCUUUCUACAGACGCAGCAAUCCCAUCCAAACUCCAACGCCAACACCGACACCCACACCCACACCAACACCCACACCCACGUCGGAAAUGAUGGGAGGACCCCUAAGCUUCACUGGAGAGAGCCCUUUCUCCCGCAUCGCCUCCACAACCCCGGUGGACAGCGCACUGGGGAGCAGUCGCCACACCCCGGUUGGUACUCCACAGUCCAACUGCAGCAGCACUGUGCCUCCCAGUCCAGUGGAGUGCAGGAACCCGUUUGCAUUUACACCCAUCAACUCCAGCAUCACUGGUUUCCUUGACGGCAGCACCAUCUCCAGCAGCCCGGUCAAGCCCAUGCAGAGGCCGACGGCCACCCACCCAGACAAGGCCAGGCUGGAGUGGAUGAAUAACAGCUACAACAACAGCAGCGGGAGCUUAAACAAGUCAGACAGUGAAAUGGGAAUCCUCCCCAGCUAUCAGGGCCUGAUAGGUGACCAUUUUCAAAAACCUCACGCCUUCGCCGUCCCUCAUGCCCGGCACCACGACAGCCAUUUUGGCCGCUUGACCCCCAUCUCGCCCGUGCAGCAGCAAAUGGCUAACAUGGCCAAGCAGGAGGGCUUCGCUGUGCCUGCCCCUCUGGACAACAAAGCCACCAACACCACCGCUUUUCGAUGUCGCAGCGUAAGCCCCGCCGUGCAUCAGAGGAACUUGAGUGGAAACACGGGAAACCUUCCCCAUAUCGCUCGUUCAGUACUGUCUCCCUUUAACUCUCCCGUGACACCCGAGAUGUUGAACAUCUUCGCAAACAGCCAGUCAAAUCUGGGGGUGAGCAGCAUGGCUCAGAGGAGCCACUCUGUGCCUCUCAACGUCAUGAUGCAAACCGAGGUGCGGCCCACACCGGGCCAGCAAUGCAACAGCAAAAACAUCACCAAUGUCCUUCUGAGCAAGCUGGAUGGGGAUCAUGACGACACAGUUCGGGGUCUGGGCAUCAAUAACUUACCCUCCAGCUACACUGCACGCAUGAACCUCACCCAGAUCCUGGAAUCCGACCCCAGUUUCUCCUGCAGUGACAACCACCUCAGCCUGAUGAACUCCGACUCCACCAGCACAUGCAAGCUGCAGAGGCCAAAUUACCUCAUCGAAAAUGCUAUUAACGAACAAAUGAUCCUCUCAGCAGGAGACAGCCGGGGACAAUCAGCGUCUAGAGAGCAGCAUCGCCAACAGGCCCAGUCUAUGUUGUUAUCGUUGAGCUCACAGCAGCAUCAAGAAGAGCUACAGCGGCAGCUGGAUUUCAGCAGCACUGUGAAAGACCUCCUGACGGACAACAGCCUCACUGCUGGCAGUCAGCUCAUGGACCAGGUGUCAGAGCUGACGACAGGCGCGGCAGAUUUCCCUUGUGAAAUCAGAAUGACAUCGGAGCUCUCCAGUAGCAUCAAUGACCUUAAUGCAUUGGACACUGACCUUCUGUUUGACCCCAACCACCAGCAGCAAGCGCAAUAUCAAAACGCUGCUGCUGCAGAGGAGGAGUUGGUGAAUGACGCGCUGUUUCAGCAAAUCACCAGCGAGACGGCGCAUUCAAGUGGACUUGACUGGCUCGAAAGCAAAGAUCAUCCAACUGUUGGGUUGAUGGGUUGAGAAAAGAGCUGUUUUUUUUUUUUUUUCUUGUCAUGUUGAACAUGUUAACCUGUGGUUGCUGUUUGUUUUAUUUAUUUUCAGGCAUUUACACUUUAUAAUGCAACACUGGACACAUUGAGGUUCGUCCAGUUUAAGUGCCAGGCUGAACUGCAACGAUGCUGCAACACUCUGAUUAAAAUGCUGGUCAUUUCCCUUUAAUCAGAGGACAUCGCCUCACGUGGUUUGAUCAAGAGCAUUUCCAACAAGUAAACAAAGGUUGCUGAACAAAAAAAAAAAAGUCAGUGAAGAAAUCAUAACAGAGCCACGGAUUCCUCAGUGUGAAGUCAUGUGGAAAUUAAUGAAACAAGAUUAUUAUUAAUAAGCCUUUUACAAAAAUAUACUACA